CUUCAUGAAUAUUCAUGACAAUGAGCCUGCGUCACGCAUAUUAAUGAGCCGAGAAGACAAAGGAGCCGGAGAGGUGAGUGAGUGUGUCCUAUGAAUGAGCUGAGAGGAUGUAUAGAGGGGGAGGGGUGACUUAUUCCCAGGGCCUUAUACACAGAGGGAGGGAGGGAGAGGGAGGUGUAAUGGUGCUCCUACCAAUAGCUCCCCCUUCUCCUUGUCAUCAUCUCCCUCUCCAUUCUGCAAUUACCUCCACUGGGUCCCAGCAGCCUGCUCAUAGCAUCAAUCCUCCCAGGACAUGGACUGAGGGGGGGCAUGGGGCAGAGAGGGACAUGGGACAUGGACUGAGGGGGGGACAUGGGGCAGAAAGGGGGAGCAUGGAGCAGAGAGGGGACAUGGGGCAGAAAGAGUGGAGCGGAGAGAAAGGGACAUGGGGCAGAGAGGGACAUGGGACAUGGACUGAGGACAUGGGACAUGGACUGGGGGAGGGACAUGGGGCAGAAAGGGGAGGCAUGGAGCAGAGAGGGGGACAUGGACUGAGGGGGGGCAUGGGGCAGAAAGGGGGAGCAUGGGCAGAGAGGGGGCAUGGGGCAGAAGGGGAGCAUGGAGCAGAGAGGGGACAUGGACUGAGGGGGCAUGGGGCAGAAAGGGAGCAUGGAGCAGAGAUGGGACAUGGACUGAGGGGGGCAUGGGGCAGAAAGGGGAGCAGAGAGGGGGACAUGGACUGAGGGGGCAUGGGGCAGAAAGGGGAGCAUGGGGCAGAGGGACAUGGACUGAGGGGGACAUGGACUGGGGGGACAUGGGGCAGAGGGACAUGGACUGAGGGAGGGGCAUGGGGCAGAAAGGGAGCAUGGCAGAGAGGGGACAUGGACUGGGGGACAUGGGGCAGAAAAGGGAGCAUGGAGCAGAGAGGGGGACAUGGACUGGGGGGACAUGGGGCAGAAAGGGAGCAUGGAGCAGAGAGGGGACAUGGACUGGGGGACAUGGGGCAGAGAGGGAGAUGGGGCAGAGAUGGGACAUGGACUGAGGGGGCAUGGGGCAGAAAGGGGAGCAUGGGUGGGAGGGGGGACAUGGGACAUGGACUGAGGGGGCAUGGGGCAGAAAGGGGAGCAUGGGGUCGGAGGGGGACAUGGGACAUGGACUGAGGUGGGGACAUGGGGCAGAAAGGAGAAUGGGGCAGAGGGGACAUGGGACAUGGACUAGGGAGCAUGGGGCAGAGAGAUGGGACAUGGACUAGGGGGCAGAAAGGGAGCAUGGGGCAGAGGAGGGGACAUGGACUGAGGGGCAUGGACUGAGGAGGACAUGGGGCAGAAAGGGGGAGCAUGGGGCAGAGAGUGGGGACAUGGGGCAGAGAGAUGGGACAUGGACUGAGGGGGGGGGGCAUGGGGCAGAGAGGGGGGACUGUGAGAAGUAUCAGCCUGUAUUACCCUGUAUCAUGGAGCUCAUGGAAGGGGAGCUGACUAAACGUCUGCAUUUCAAAGGAAAACUUUAAUGGGGUAUAAAUAACUUAAUAUAACACAGUAUUUAUUAACUACUUUAAAAAACAUAACCACUACUACCAUACUGGGUUAUGAGGCUAUGGGUACAACCGCUGUCAAGUGUUUUGAUAAAAAACAUUUUUUUUAAAACAGAGAAAAAAGAUUUCUCCAGCACCCUAAACCCACCCAUACUCCGUCAGCUGGAGGAGAUGUCGUAAAAAGGUCCUAAUUUUUCUUCCAAAUAUUUGUGCGGCACUGCGGUAUAGGAUGGUUUGGCUUAUCCUAACCCCAGUUUUCUGGCAAAGUUUGAUAUAAAUCAAGACUCUCGUCAACCAAUAUCUUGUUCAUCACAGCCGCUCAGUUAAUGCAGAAGUUUCAUUUUUUUCUUCAUUACCUGUCCAACUUGACUAAUCAGUGAUGGCAGUUCGAGAGAGAUGAUGUAACUCGCUCCCGAGUACCUCCAGCCUAUCACUGCCAUCCAAGAAUGUUUGAUAUAAGGGCUUGGUUUGGUGCUGUGGAAAAGCCUUGUUUUUUUUGUCAAACUGCCUGAGAACGGUUUGAUGAAAGCCAUGGAAUGGCACCAGAAGACUCUGUGCACUUUAACUACAUUAAUAACAGUAGUGGACAUGCCACUUUAAUUCACUUCUUUGAAUUUUUGAACAUUUCUGUUAAAGGACCACUAUAGUGCCAGGAAAACAUACUCGUUUUCCUAGCACUAUAGUGCCCUGAGGGUGCCGCCACCCUCAGGGACCCCCUCCCGCCGGGCUCUGGGGAGAGGAAGGGGUUAAACACUCACCUUUCUCCAGUGCCAGGCGGGGAGCUCUCCGCCUCCUCUUCGGCUGCGCGCGUAUUCAGCCAGUCUCAUAAGAAAGCAUUCAUAAUGCUUUCCUAUGGACGCUGGCGUCUUCUCACUUUGAUUUUCACAGUGAGAAGCAGGCAAACGCCUCUACCGACUGUCAAUGAGACAGCCUUUAGAGGCUGGAUUAACCUAUUUAUAAACAUAGCAGUUUCACUGAAACUGCUAUGUUUAUUAAAAAAAUGGGUUAAUCCUAGAGGGACCUGGCACCCAGACCACUUCAUUAAGCUGAAGUGGUCUGGGUGCCUAGAGUGGUCCUUUAAGCAGCACAAGUGCUAUUAUCAUCCUUUAUGUUUCGGCCUUUGAAUCUUGGAUCCAGCAGAUUUGUUGGAGCAUCUAUAGGACGGCAACAUUUUAAUUAUUUAUCUAUAAAAUAUUUUACCAGCAAGGAUACAUUGAGAUUUCUCUCUUUUUCAAGUAUGAACUGGGCCCAGAGACAUUCCAUUGUUACAAUAAGGUACAAUAUAAUAUUAAAAAACACAUGUAAGUUUAUUCUAUAAUGCUUUCUCACAAGCUGGAACCUACUAUUGUGGCAAUACCAGCUUGUUUGUUACGCCAUGCACAGCAAAAAUAUAUAUAUAUAUUUUUUUAAAUUUAAAAAAAUACACAUAAAAAUUUAACACAGAACAGAUAAGAAAUAUAAUCAAGCAUGAUUACAGGUGCAUUCUGCAUUGAAAUAUGUUAACAGCAAUCUUUUAAGACUGAAGGAAGAUUUAAUUGUCUGUGAUGUUAUUCCUUAAUUGCGAUGCUCUAUAGGAAUUUGCCGAUUUCCUAAUUACAUCUUUUACUUUAUUGUCCCUUAUAUUUGUAAAUACUUUAGCUUAAUGAAGCAGUUGUGGUGUAUAGAUCGCGACUCAUGCGUUUCACUGCUCAAUUCUCUGCCAGUUAGGAGUUAAAUCACUUUGUUUAUGCAGUCCUGGUCACACCUUUCUGCAUGUGACUUACACAACCUUCCUAAACACUUCCUGUAAUUAGUCAUCUAAUGUUCACACUUCCUUUAUUGUAAAUUCUGUUUAAUUUAGAAUUUCUUAUCUCUUGCUCUGUUAAUAGCUUGCUAGACCUUGCAGGUGCCUCCUGUAUGUAAUUAAAGUUCAAAUUACAGAGCAGGAGUUAAACCUUUAAUGUAAUUUAUGUCUGAUUCAAAGUGAAACCAUUUUGUUUUCAGGCGGUGUCAGCAGGGCCGCCAUCAGAAAUUUUGGGGCCCCUAACACAGCUCAAGGUCUGGGCCCCCGGGUGCCCGCCUCCAAAUCCCACCCACAGGAAUACACACACACACACAUACACACACAGAAAGAUACACACAUACUUACAGAUACAAAUACCGAAACAGACACACACAUACAGGCAUACUGGCACACACACAUAUGCAUAAGUAGAUACAGAUACACACACACACACUGACAUACAUACAUACUCACAUACACACAUACUGACACACACAUACACAUAAACAUGCAGACAUACAUACUGACAGACAUACAUACUGAUAUAUACAUACAGGUAUACAGGCAUACAUACACAUACUGGCAUAUAUACAUACAGGCAUGCAUACACAUAUGCAUAUACAUACACAUACUGGCAUACAUACAUACAGGCAUACAUACACAUACAUAUACAUAUAUACACACACAAUUAACUUUUCAGCCACCCUCCUCUUCCUUACCUUUGCAUUGCAGGAGGGUGGCUGGGGAUGAUGGGCGUCGGCUGCCUCUCCUCUCGGCCUUCAGGCUGCGUCCUCCUUCCCGUGCGGAGUAAGCUGGGAGGAAGUGACCGGCCGUCACUUCCUCCCAGCAGCAAUUGCGCUACGGCUGCAUUUUUUUUUUUAUAAAGGGGCUGACCGGGCCCAUGAAGAUUAUAGGGCCCGUUGGGUAGCCCUAAAUGCUUGGGCCACCUGAUGGGCCCCAUCAGCGUGUGGGCCCUGGUGCAAAUGCAAAUCCACGUGGGGCCCGGGCCGUGACAACCAUCAUGUUUGUCACCCCCUGAUGGGGGCCCUGUGUGUCAGUCACAGCCAGGGGAGGUGUGGCUAGGACUGCUUAAACAGAAACAAAGGGAUUUAACUCCUAAAUGGCAGUGAAUUGAGCAGGUAAUCUUCAGAGGCACAAUUUAUACACCAAAACGGCUUCAUUAAGCUAAAGUAUUUUUUGGGUGACUAUAGUAUCCCAUUAAAGCACAGCUCACUAAGAGUAGUUUUCCAGUUUGGCUAUUUUGACCUUACAUUUUAAACUCACCUUGAAUUCUCAUUUUAGUAACUAUAAUCCAUGCUGUUGCUUUUUUUUUUUUAAACAAUGCUGUUUUUGUUUUAGUAAAAUUUCAAAGAUUGCUGCUCUACCCCUUCCAGUUUUAUUAGUUUCAGUAUAUAACAUGCAAACUUUCACCUAUUCACCCGCAUGGUGGAAAUAGCAAAAUUAAGUUAACUUUUGAUACACAGCUUCCCUUCAGUUAACUCCCAAUAUGGUAAACCAAUAACCGUAUAUAAACAAAAUGUAGGGAUCCAGCUGAUAUCACUCAAACAAAUAAAUUAAAACAAAACUUAGUAUAAUACUGUUAUAGCCUCUUGUAGCAAGACUACUGUAUUUUGUUUAUUAUUUUCAGUGUCACUAAAUUUUUUUAAAUUCUCGAUUCAUGAAGACUGCUGCUAAAAUAUGAGUAGCUUUCUUUAGCUCAUCUGUACAUUUUUUUAAGUUUGUCAAUUUGAUUUAUUUCAUUAAAAGGACAGCGUUAAACACCAAAUUCACGUAAUCUUUAUAAAAUAAGGUUUGGGGCAUAGAUGAGUUAUAUUUAGUGGCAAUUUAAAAUUAUUUAUUUGUGAUUUGUAUGUGUUUUCUAAAUAUAAAGAGAAUAAGGAGCACAGGGGACUAAGAAAUAGAUUUUUUUAAAAUAAAUUAUCCCUUUAAGAAACAAAUUUAGCUCAUAACAUGCACAUAUUAGUGCAGCAAUAGGUGUAUAAUCAUCGGUAAUGCUCUCCCAUGGUGUCUUUGUGUUUUAUAUAUAUAUUAUAUUAUAUUACAUUGCGUUAUCAAAGCAAACACUUUACUCGCAACUUGUUUUCGGUUAGAACACAAAUAACUUGAUGCACAGUAGUUGCAUGAGAUGUUAUUGCACUUGCACAGUAAUAGUAACCUUCCAUAGACAUAUUACAUAACCUGGCACCGGGGCUUGCUUGAAGAGACAUGGCAUGACAUGGUAAGGAUGGUGACAAUGAGGAGGGACUUUGUUGGAAAGUACAUCUCCUUAAAGGACCACUAUAGUGCCCGGAAAACAUACUCGUUUUCCUGGCACUAUAGUGCCCUGAGGGUGCCCCCACCUUCAGGGUCCCCCUCCCGCCCGGCUCUGGAAAGGGGAAAAGGGGUUAAACUUACCUUUUUCCAGCGCUGGGCGGGGAGCUCUCCUCCUCCGAUCCUCCUCUUCUCCUCCUCCUGGGCUGAAUGCGCCGCGCGGCAAGAGCUGCGCGCAUUCAGCGGUCACAUAGGAAAGCAUUCAUAAUGCUUUCCUAUGGACGCUGCGUGCUCUCACUGUGAAAAUCACAGUGAGAAGCACGCAAGCGCCUCAGUGGCUGUCAAUGAGACAGCCACUAGAGGAUUAGGGGAAGGCUUAACCCAUUCAUAAACAUAGCAGUUUCUCUGAAACUGCUAUGUUUAUAAAAAAAUGGGUUAACCCUAGCUGGACCUGGCACCCAGACCACUUCAUUAAGCUGAAGUGGUCUGGGUGCCUAGAGUGGUCCUUUAAGAGCUCAGGUGCCAGCAUACACAAAGCCAUCAUCUUGGGAGUGCAAAAAUACAAAGACCUCACAAAUGACAGUCCUAUCUUGGGCAACAUCCAUAUAGUGGUAUUUUAUUUUCUUGCCUUUAACACUGCAGUGGCAAGAGCCUUUUUGUGGAUCACAGGAACCUUAACUUCAACUAUCACUCUAUUAUGUAGGGUUUACGGACAUCUUCAUCCACUCCUGUCAUCUUUCCUUUGCAGUUGGCAUCAUAUGAUUCACUUUCACAUAAAGUAAGGGGUUAUAUACCCUGUAUAUCUGGGGUAGGUAACCUUCCGCACUCCAGAUGUGGACUACAUCUCCCAUAAUGAGGACAAAGCAUUAAGGGAGAGGUAAUCCACAACAUCUGGAGUGAUGAAGGUUACCUCGAUAUCAUUUCAGAGAUUUUGCCAGGCAGGCGGGGAAUCUAAUCUGAACAAUUUAUUUGUGUAGGCAACAUGGCCAAAAUAGAUGAAAGAUUUUCUCUCAAACUUCAGAAAACUCCAAAGAGCAAAUCUAGCCUUGAUUCAUUUUCAGGACUAUCAUAAAGGAUAUAUAACAUGAAGAAAAUAAAUCGCAAACAUGAAGAACAUAUAUAUAAAGUACUUAAGAAAGAAAAUCUAAAACAUUAAGAAUUUUAUUUGUCUUCUUGGAUCAUAAAGCAUUGAGUAAUAUUAAAGAUAAUGCAUUGAGGGUAGGUAAUGGAACCUAUAUUGAUAAAAAAAACAAGUUACUGGUACCGUUGUAGUUAAGAUCCGAGUGUGCACACUCUAGGGCUCCCAAAAGUGGAGAGAGAGAGGGUAGGGCAAAAAACUGUCCCAACUCAAAGUAUAAAUGUGAACAAAAAUAUAGAAUUAUGGAUCUUGGAUCUUAACUACAACAGUAUCAGUAACUUGUUUUUUUUAUCAAUAUAUGUUCUAUUAGCCUCUCUGCUAAUACACAUUUUGGUCUGUGAGACAGUCCAUAAAAAGCAAUAGGGGGGAACUGUGCAGACAGGGGUACAUACACUUAAAAACAUUUACAAGAAGAAUUUUCCAGCUUGAUGCCUAUAUACUUAGCCAUGAAGCUUUAGCCCCACCUUCAACACUGUAAAGAAUGAUAUUUAAUCCAAAAAACAAAUUGACCUUUCAUUCAGCCUCAAAAUAAUAAGGGUAGCUUGUUGACUGUAUUUGGGCAAGCGUGUUAAUUCCCAAACUUAGGCAGAAACAGUGAAUGCAGUCCAAUAAAUGGUGAUAUAUACAUAAUAAAUGCUUCUUACACAUACCGUAUUUUUCGCUCCAUAAGACGCACCUCACCAUAAGACGCACCUAGUUUUUAGAGGAGGAAACCCAGAAAAAAAAAAUAUUCUGAACAAACUGUUCCAUAGUGUUUCUUACCAUGGGACGGUUUGUUCAGAAUAUUUUUUUUUCUCCCCUGUCCCAUAAUGAUCUUUAACCCCCCUUUCCUCUGUCCCAUAGUGAUUGUUAACCCCUCCUACCCUGUCCCAUAGUGAUUGUUAACCCCUCCUACCCUGUCCCAUAGUGAUUGUUAACCCCUCCUACCCUGUCCCAUAGUGUUCUUUAACCCCUCCUCCCCUUGUCCAUUAGUGUUCUGAUCCCAUAGUGUCCCCCCCUCCCAUUGUGCACUUUCCCUCCCCUGUCCCAUAAUGAUCUUUAACCCCCCCUUUCCUCUGUCCCAUAGUGAUUGUUAACCCCUCCUACCCUGUCCCAUAGUGUUCUUUAACCCCUCCUCCCCUUGUCCAUUAGUGUUCUGAUCCCAUAGUGUCCCCCCCUCCCCUUGUCCCAUAGUGUCUCCCCCCCUCCCCUUGUCCCAUAGUGUCUCCCCCUCCCUUUCUCCCAUAGUGUCUCCCCUCCCUUUCUCCCAUAGUGUCCCCCUCCCCUUGUCCCAUAGUGUCUCCCCCCCUCCCCUUGUCCCAUAGUGUCUCCUUCCCUCCCCUUGUCCCAUAGUCUCCUCCCCUCCCUUUCUCCCAUAGUGUCCCAUUCCCCUUGUCCCAUAGUGUCUCCCCCUCCCCUUGUCCCAUAAUUACUUACCUGUCUUGGAGCGUGGGCCGGCUUCACAGCGCGCUCCGCGGUCCAGGAACUUCUAUUUCAGGUUCCGGUUUCCGGCGGGACUGAAAGGAAGUGUGCACACUGAGUGUGCACCUCCUUUCAGUCCCGCCGGAAACCGGAACCUGACAUAGAAGUUCCUGGCCGCGGAGCGCGCUGUGAAGCCGGCCCACGCUCCAAGACAGGUAAGUAAUUGUUCACAUUCGCUCCAUAAGACGCACAGACAUAGAGAUGCAUUGAAUGCACUUUGUGCAGCACUACCCCAGGAAGAAUCUCUAGUGGCCAUCUGAGGAGUGGCCACAAGAGGUGCUCCUAUUCUGUAAUGUAAACACUCAGUUUUCUCUGGUGACUAUAGUGUCCCUUUAAGUGUAAUUAAGUGUCAUUUUGCACAACUUUAAGUGUCAUUUUGCACAAUUUUUGUAAGCAUUAUAUUACAGACCAGUAACAGUUCCUUGUAAUGAUUUAUUUUUCAUCGGAAAGAUGUAAAACAAAACAUGUGAGUAGGUAUUAGCGUUAAAGCAGCUUGACAAUGAGAGGCAUCACGUUCCACUACUUUUUUAUUUUUUAGAGUUUAGUUUUUUUUAUUUACUAAAGUAGUUUCACUUAUAUACAGCCCUACAUUUUGAAGCACACAUUGACAAGUAAAUACGCACACAUGAACAGGUACAAAUUGGAUGUAGUUAGAGCGAAUGUUAGACUCUUCCCUUAAACUGACACGCCACUGCCCAAACACAAUAUAAAUAGAAAUCACUGUUUAGUAGAUAUACCCCAAUUUAAAACUAGAGUGUAUUUAAUUAUGUAUUUUUUCCAUUGAGGCAUAUCUUAAAACAGCUUGCAAAAGUUGCAGUUCUGCCUUUGCAUUCACUCCCUUUCACUUUUUGUGGCUGCCCAAUCACAGAUUUCCCAAUACAGUUUAAUGAGAAGUGUUUGCAAGGCAGGUACUCUGAGCAGCUGCUGCCUCUUGAGUUUAGCUCCACUGAGCUAACUAAACCAGUAAGUAACACAACCUGUUGUCUGUUGAAAAAUCCAGGGGGUGUAACCAGGUUUAAAAAAAAUAUUUCAAUUUUAAAAUCUGCACUUUUUGCAAAAUGAAAUAAAGAGGAAACCUAAAGCUUGACUUGAUGUUGUAUAUGAUGAGCUGGGGCUGUGCUGGCCAAAGUUUGUUUGCUUCCUGUGUCAAAAGUAAUAAAGGUGUCCCACAAUCCAGAGGAGCAAAAUUCUACCAACGGAAAUUUUUCUUACACAAAGCACCUUUCGGACCUCCCUUCUUUUAAUUAGAAUAAUGAAAAAUGAAUAAACAAAUUGCAUUAACAAAUUUCUUCCUAGACUCAGAUCUUCCUGAGCACAGACCCUGUGCUGCUUGCUCAUUGAUUUAUUGCAUCUCUAAGUACCUGAGCUUAGAAUUAAUGGGAUUGAAAAAGCAAUUAAAAGAGUGAAGACAAACAUAGAAUGGAAAAGAGAGAGAGCGGGAUAGGCCAAGUCAGGAGAGGUGGAGGGGACAGGCAGCAUGGAAAAAUCAUGAUGUCUCCGGCUUGAACAAACUUGCAUUAGUCUAAAAACAAAUGAACAUGUCCAUUUUUGCAGUUCUCAACAUCAUGUUGUUUGCUCCAAAUCUCACCCGAUGCCUUUUGUUCCAAAUAUUAUUAUAACCCAUAACUAUAAGCAGCUGCCUUGAGAGCUUGUAACAGGAUAUUCAGCCACUUUAAAAGGCCUCUGGGGCCAAUUGACCCUCCCUGUCCAUUGGGACUUAGUCUCACUGUCCCCCAAACUGUUAGGCAUUAUCAAUAACCUGUCUACCAAGAAUUUAUGGAUAGGCAACUCCCCAACACGUUCUGCUGGCAUUGUGGACAUCCAAAUUUUAAACUGUCUACAACAGACCUUGUAGAGGUGUCAAGAAAACUAAUAAAAGAAAGGAUGACCAACGAGUUAUGGUGAACAGUUCUUGUAAGGGAAACUUUUGCCCCAACCUGUGAUUCAAGAAUAGAAUGAUAGAAUCUGGGUUGUUCCUGGCAUUAGUACAAUCUGUUCUUUCCCAGAGUGGGAAACCUGUUUCUGAGUGGCUUGAGGUCUGCAGUACAAUUAAUGGUACCUAGAGUCUCAAUUAAUUCUGGCAAUUUCAUCUAGCAUUUCACUCAGUGGGUGAGCAACAUGAGAAGCCCUAGCAAAGGAAACGGCAAAGGUUUGUUACCAUUGAAAGAGGAAUCAAACGGAUUGCUUAGUUUGGACCUAAAAAGAAAAGGCCUUUUCAACAAAAUUGAACAUAUAAUGUCUGUGUAACUAUAUGAUUUACAGUGAGGGACUCAUUGACAUGCAAAUCAAUUUGUAACUCUUUUAACAUGCGUUUUUCUAUGGUUUUGUUGUUGUUAUUCUGUCUCUCACUGUUAAAAUACACCUACCAUUAAAAUCAUAGACUGAUAAUUUCUUUGUCAGUGGGCAAAUGUUCAAAUCAGCAGUAUGUGAUUUCUCUACAGAAGUCAUGAUGUGUUUUUUUUUAAAAUGGUUCUUUUUGAAAGUGGUGGACUGUUUAGAGGGAAUGGUUUAGAUCGAGUAAAAACAUUUUUCACAUUGGUGUUCUUUUGUAGAGCCUAAUUCCAUGAAGAUAAAAGCAGAUUGGUUGGUCAUCACUUCCCAUCAAUGUAAGUCAGUAAGAAGACAAAUGUCCCAUUGUAGAAAUAGUACAAUAUAUACGUGUUUGUGUCUUUACCUUUUUUUUUUACAAUUUAUUUAUAACCUUUGUAUCUUUGCAGGUCUAUAUCCGUUCCCUGGAGUCUACUUUCUGUCCCAGGUAUAUGGCUCUUCUUCUUCUUGCCCAACGUGCACAUGUACGUCGCAGACGUCGACCACCUCAGGAGCGAGUUUUUCGUGCCCGAACACAGUUCCUCAACCUACCUGAGGAAGUGGUUAUGCAGCGUUAUCGCCUCCACCCUGCACUCAUACGCGACCUCUGUCAUUUACUGGAGCGUGACCUCCAGCCCUCUACGGGGCGUUCGCAUGCCCUUCCUGUCUAUGUCAAGGUGACAGCUGCCCUGAACUUUUACACAUCGGGUACAUUCCAGACUCCAGCGGGAGAUGCAGCAGGCAUUAGCCAAGCCAGUAUGUCCCGUUGUGUAACACAGGUUACAGAAGCCAUUGUAAGACGAGCACACCGUUUUAUUCGUUUCCCACGAGGUGGUGUCCAGCGCAGAUCUGCAGUUCAUGACUUCCAGCGGUUAUAUGGAUUUCCAGGCACUGUGGGAGCUGUGGGGUGCACACACGUGGCAUUGAAGCCUCCUUCUGAUCAUGAGAGUCGCUACCGAAACCGUUGGCGUUACCAUUCUAUGCAUAUGCAGGCAGUAUGUGAUGCAAAAGGUACACUGACACACAUUGUGGCUGAAUAUCCAGGGUCUGUGACUGAAGAAGACAUUCUGGCACAAUCCAGCUUGGGGCACAUGUUCCAGAACCAGGGAAAAGAUGAAGAAGCAUGGCUGAUAGGUGAGAGUAAAUGUAUCAACGACUUGGAAAACAUUUAGUGUUAAAUAUUAUAUGGGAGCUAUUCCUUAAUGGAACUACAUACUGCCAACUUCUAUGAAAGUGAGGCUUCACUCUCAGAAGAUUGUUAAAGGGGCACUAUCUAUACACCAAAACUGCUUCAUUAAGCUAUAGUUGUUUUGGUGACUAUAGUGUCCCUUUAAAAAAAAUUAGCCAAGGUAAACAAAUAAAAAUGAACGAUAAUAUUUAAACAGGAUAUGGCCGCAGCCAAGAGGACUGGAAAAAAAUGGAUGGUCAGGGUAAAUGAGGUCUUAUUCAUAAUUAAGUUCCUAAACAGCCAAGUAGGCAGAGCUAACCCUAUAGUGAUGCUGCCAUGGAAUAGCCCAGAUAUAAUAUAUCAACUACUUGGAGAAUGCAUAGAGUUAAUUAAAAUACUUAAAAAAAAGGUAAUAAAGGGACAUUUUGCUUUGAAAGAAACAAUGACACUUAAAAAAUUUCUUUUUUUUUUAAAUUUGUUUUAUCAGAGCCCAUUAUGCGUCAUUCAAUGGUUAAGAAGUGCACUAUAAUAAGAAGCAGAAAACAAGGAAGUGGCUGUAAAACCUUGUGCAAAUAUAGAAAGCAAUAGAAAGUUUAAGAACAAAAAUAAAAUAAAACACAAAUGUACAUUUAUACAUACGGCAAAUAGAAGUCUUCAUACACAGCAGGGGUGACCAAAAGUUAUAUCCCCAUAUGUUUUAAAACUACAGCUUCCAUGAUGCAUUGUCAUUUUUAAGGUAUCUGGGGAUGCCAAAUUCAUCUGGGGAUCUACCUUUCAGGCAGCCCUGAUAUACAAAGUGUUACUUUGCUUGAAGGCAAAAACAAAAUGGGGAAAAAAAAAACAAGUGCUAUAAUGGCAGAAACCAUUAUUCCUUAGUAGAGUGGCUGUACUGUAAACAAGUGGGUAGUCACCUCCUUAAGUGGACAAGUAGCUCUGCAAAUUAAAGUAAUUAAAUUAGUUCCCUCCUCCCUGCCUAUAAAAGGCCAUACGGAGACCAAUCAACUGCAAAAACUUAAUUUAUUCUCCAAUGGGAGGGAAACAUGCAGUACUGCCACUCUACUAAGAAAAAUAGAAUUUACAGUAAGUAAAAUUACUGUUUUUCAUGUCAUGAGUGGCAGUACUGCAAACAAGUGGCAUAUGGCAAGAUCCGUGAACAACCGCAACGGGUGGGAAAUCAAUAGGCCACUGCCUGGAGCACAUUUCACCCAAAAGCAGCUUCCGAGGAAGAGAAUAUAUCCAGCCUGUAAUGUGUUAAGAAAGUAUGCAGGGAAGACCAAGUUGCAGCCUUCUAACACCCUCUUAACAUCCAGGCAGCGCCAUUUCUUCUCAGAGUCAGAAGAUUGAGCUUGGCAGAAAGAAGGUAGAACGAUAGCUUGGUUAAGGUUACGUCUGGAGAGAACUUUCGGCAGAAAAGACGGAUUCGGGUGUAAAACCACUUUAUCUUCAUGAAAAACUAAACUCAGAGGAGGAUGAUGGAGAUUACAAUUCUCCAACCCUUCUAGAGGUAACUGCCACCAAAAAUGAUGUUUUCAUUGAUCAAAUUUUCAAAGGCCUUGAGAACAACAGACAAAUCCCAUGUGGAGGACGUUUCAGAAAAACACCUUUAAAAUAAACCUACGAAUGAGCCUGUUGGAUGCCAAAUCUUGAAGCAGGAAAUGUCCGAGGGCCGACACCUGCACCUUAAGAGUAGACAGAUAAGACCAGCAUAGAACCCGUCUUGCAAAAUUGAAAGGAUGCACGGAACAGAUGGAUUAAAAGAGAGACAACCAUUCUGAGAACACCAAUGCAGGAACUUCUGCCAGAUCCUGAGGUAAAUCUGAGAAAAUCACUAAUACUGUCAGACAUGCCCUGGGCUUUAAGGAUCAUCCUUGCAGCAACCAUGCCAUCAGUUGGAACAGCUUAUUUGGUCUCCACCGGAGGAUCUUUGUUUUCCAGAAGAUCGCUUGAACAAGGUCUAUUACCAUCCGAUCGACCUCCGAGAACCAGCUCCUGUUUGGCCAAAAAGGUAAAAUCGCCAAGAUCCUGGCCCCGUCUGAUCUUAUUUUCUGCACGAUGUGGUGGAUCAAAGCUACUGGAGAAAAAAAAGAUACGCCAUGCUGAACUUCCAUGGCAUUGAGAACCCGUCCAGGAUGUAAGGAUGAUCUUCAGUAAUGGAAGCACAUUUUUGAACCUUUGCCUUUUGUGGCCAUUAGAUUGAUAUCUGGUAGACCAAAGUGCUUGACCAGCUUCACAAAGACUAGGGGGCAAAGAGACCAUUCUGACUGUGUACAACGCGGUCGGCUUAUAUCGUUCCGUGAUUCCCUUGAUGUACGUUGCUGAGAUUGAUUCUAGAUUUUCCUGAGACAAAGAGACUGCAGAGAAACACCUUCGUACCGCUAUGUCGGUUUAGGUAUGUGACAGUUGUGACAUUGUCUGACUGAAUUCUCACAGACUUUCCCCUUAUGACUGGUUUGGAAGCUGCAAGGGUGUUCCAAACAGCUUUCAUCUCUCUGAAAUGUAAGGACUGGGCAGCUUCUUCUGUAGACCAUAUUCCCUGCUGAAAAUGGGAUCCUAGAUGUGCCCUCCAGCCUUUUAUCGAUGCGCCCGUGAUUCAAUUUGACUGUUGGAAGGACAGACCGAUUUCUAAAAAUUUUGACUUCUUCCACCAAAUAUCCAAACCUGCAUUAUAAAUAACAUUCGGAUUUUUAAAAUAGAGACUUUAGUGAAUCUCACCUCAAAAAAACUCACUACCGUGUGGGAGGGCUGGUGACACGGUGUACCACUGCUUACAAACACUCUUGGUGAAAGCAGGGCCAUGUACGGAAUAAAUAGGCUUAACAUUUUGCGCCAAAAAAUGAAGUUCCGAACCACGCAUGAGCAGUAGCGGUCGGAACUUCAGUGGAAUGCAAGGCCAUCCGGGCGUGCGUUCAACUAUGUGCAGGUGCACGGCCUGCAAUGAGAUUGGAGGGCCGCCUGGGACCUCUUAAAAGCAUUAGCCGGCAUAAAAUCUACCCUCCACUUACGCUCUGUAACAAGAUGUGGAAGGGCGCCACUCAGAUCAACCACCCAGGGGGAGCUUUCGGGUCUUGUUCCCCCAGGCGUCAUCCCGUGAGCCUCACCAGCCUUGAUCUGAGCUACCUGUCUAUCCCGAUGCUGUGACAAGAAGAACUGUGGAUGUUUUGGAGAUAUGGCCUUUUAUAGGCAGGGAGGAGGGAAUUAAUUUAAUUUGCAAAGCUACUUGUCCACUUAAGGAGGUGACUUCCCACUUGUUUGCAGUACUGCCACUCACAACCGGAAAAUAAUACUCUGUAUAUGAAGACUUCUAUUUGCCAUAUGUGCGUAUAUUUGCACGUUGUUUUUGUUUCAUUAUUAAUUUUUUGUUCUUUCAAAGGGUUUGUUAAAAUUAUUGUUCUUUAGGUCUCUUUAUAGGGACACUCCAGACACCAACACAGCUUUAAUGCAUACAAUUUCUUUUGCCCUCAUAAUUAAGCUGAAUUUUGCAUGCUCAAUUACUUUUAAAGGAACACUAUAGUCACCUAAAUUACUUUAGCUAAAUAAAGCCGUUUUAGUGUAUAGAUCAUUCCCCUGCAAUUUCACUGCUCAAUUCACUGUCAUUUAGGAGUUAAAUCACUUUGUUUCUAUUAUGCAGCCCUAGCCACACCUCCCCUGUCUAUGAUUGACAGAGCCUGCAUGAAAAGAAAAAAAAAUGGUUUCACUUUCAAACAGAUGUAAUUUACCUUAAAUAAUUGUAUCUCAAUCUCUACAUUGAACUUUAAUCACAUACAGGAGGCUCUUGCAGAGUCUAGCAAGCUAUUAACAUAGCAGGGGAAAAGAAAAUCUUAAUUAAACAGAACUUGCAAUAAAGAAAGCCUAAAUAGGGCUCUCUUUACAGGAAGUGUUUAUGGAAGGCUGUGCAAGUCACAUGCAGGGAGGUGUGACUAGGGUUCAUAAACAAAGAGCUUUAACUCCUAAAUGGCAGAGGAUUGAGCAGUGAGGCUGCAGGGGCAUGUUCUAUACACCAAAAUUGCUUAAUUAAGCUAAAGUUGUUCAGGUGACUAUAAUGUCCCUUUAAUUAAAAAAAAAAAAAUGCUGCUUUCACAUCCUGAAAGCCUGGCCCCAUACACCUUGCUGGAGCUCAUUUGCCCAAUUUACAUAGUUACAUAGCUGAAAAGAGAUGCGUCCAUCAAGUUCUGCCUACCUCACAUUUGUUUUUUGCUGUUGAUCCAAAAGAAGGCAACAAAAAAACCCAGUUUGAAGCACAAUUUUGCAACAAGCUAGGAAAAAAAGUCCUUCUUGACCCCAGAAUGGCAGUCAGACUUAUCCUUGGAUCAAGCAGUUAUUACCCUACAUUGAAAGAUUAUAUCCUUGAAUAUUCUCUCUUCUUGCAAGUAUGCAUCUAGUAGCUGUUUGAACAUCUGUAUGGACUCUGAUAAAACCACUUCUUCAGGCAGAGAAUUCCACAUCCUGAUUGUUCUUACAGUAAAAAAAACCUUUCCUGUGCCUUAGACGAAAUCUUCUUUCUUCCAGUCUAAAUGCAUGGCCUCGUGUCCUAUGUAAAGUCCAGUUUGUGAAUAGAUUUCCACACAAUGGAAAUUGGCCCCGAAUAUAUUUGUAUAAUGUUAUCAUAUCCCCUCUCAGGCGACGUUUUUCUAAACUAAAUAGGUUUAAAUUUGUUAACCUUUCUUCAUAGCUGAUAUGUUCCAUUCCUUUUAUUAAUUUUGUAGCCCGCCUCUGCACUUUUUCUAGUGCCAUAAUAUCCUUCUUUAGAACAGGUGCCCAAAAUUGCACAGCAUAUUCAACAUGGGGUCUUACCAGUGAUUUAUAAAGAGGCAAAAUUAUAUUCUUGUCCCAAGAAUGAAUGCCCUUUUUCAUGCAUGACAAUACCUUACUGGCCUUGGCCACUGCUGAUUGACAUUGCACAUUGUUGCAUAGUUUGUUGUCUAUAACAAUUCCCAAGUCCUUUUCGUGUGUUGUUAUCCCUAAUUCGCUUCCAUUAAGGGUAUACGUUGCAUGUGUAUUCUUUACGCCGAAGUGCAUAACUUUGCAUUUUUCAACAUUAAAUUUCAUCUGCCAUUUGAGUGCCCAGUCCCCCAGUCUAUCUAAAUUCCUCUGCAGCAAAGUAAUUUUAUGCCUGUACAUCAUUAAUAUACAAUUUUUACUGCACAUUUUUUUUUAUCCAUUAUACAAUCUAGGUAGAGCAAAAAAUCACCAAUAAGUCAAAUGAUAGGUGAUGCCCAUGUCUUCGGAUUGUAAACAGUUAAUCGUAGUCUUCGUUGUAGCAUUAAGCUUAUCAAUUAUAUAAAGGGAUGUGGCUUGUUUGGGCCAAGGACAAGCUGAAAGUAUGGUUUUUUUUGUACUAAAACUUAGUGUUUAUCAAAAGGAGGCCACUUCUGAAUUAGGUUAUAUAGACAGCAACUGUGUGUAUGUUACAAGUGUAAUGUUUUUCAUCAGAGUAGGGACACUAUUGGUACCACAACUUUAGCUUAAUAAAGCCAUUUUAGUGUAUAGAAUGUGCCCCUGCCAUCUUACUGCUCAAUUCUCUGCCAUUUAGACGUUAAAUCACUUUAUUUAUGCAUCCAUGGCCAUACCUCCCUGCAUGUGACUUACACAGCUUCCUAAACACUUCCUGUAAAGUCAUCUAAUGUUUACACUUCCUUUAUUGAAAAUUCUGUUUAAGAAUGGAUCUCCAGCACAGUUAAUAGAUUUCUAGACCCUGCAAGAGCCCCCUGUAUGUAAUUUAAGUUCACUUUACAAGAUAGCGGGGGGGGACCUUUAAAGUAAGUUCUAGUUGUGAUUGAAAAUAAAACCAUUCUAUUUUCAUAGUCUGUCUGAGUCACAGCCAGGGGAGCUGUUACUAGGGAUGCAUACAAAGAAAAAUGUUUCAUUAACCCUUUAAGGACCAAACUUCUGGAAUAAAAGGGAAUCACGACAUGCCACACAUGUCAUGUGUCCUUAGCCAAAGUGUUUUGUUAACUAUAGUGCCCCUUUAACUGUUAUGUUUGAUAUAAAGGUCAUACUUUCUUCAUUUUACUCUGUUCUCAUCUAUAUUAUAUACAAAUGAUAAAACAAGGACAUUAAUGCAUAAUACAUUUUGGUUUUCCCAUUAUUCACAAACUGUUUGCUCUGGUGUAGAGUGUGCUUAUGAGCAGACUUCUAUGUGUCCCUAAGCCCCAUGGAGACAGACUAUCAAAGCACAUCAGUCUUCUGGUUGUAAAGCACAAUAAAUUUUAUCUUACAUGGGUUUGCAGUGGUGUUCAUUCUAAUAAACUGUACAGUAGAGUUAAGUGGAGUCAUUUUAUGAAAAUUAGGUUUGGGGGAUCUGUAACUACAGCAUACACCUGCUCUUACAAUUUCAUAUUGCUCUAAAAUUCUCUAGGAGGGCGCUGUUAUACCCAGAAGCCUUGGCUGAUGACCCAAGUAGAAAACCCACAAUCACCAGCAGAGUUGAAGUAUAAUGCCUCCCAUGCAGCAGCCCUCAGUGUAGUCUCUCGUGCAUUUUGCUGUUUGAAAUCAAGAUUCCGGUGCCUAAGCAGACGUGGAGGAUCGCUACAGUACAGCCCGUUAAAAGUUAGCCAAAUAUUUGUGGCAUGUUGUGUACUGCAUAAUAUGGCACUAAGUCAUGGCCAAGAAAUUCCAGCAGAGGAGAGAGAUGAUGUAAGUGAAGGAGAAGCUGGGGAAGAAGGCAGUGAAGAAGCUGAGCUAGCACGUAGUGAGCUGCUAAGACGACAUUUCAGCUAGAGGUAGAGUUUUUUUUUUUUAUUAGAAAUGGUAAAACGGCAAGUGUGUCGCAUUUCCUGUAAUUUUUGUUCAUUAGACAUUCUCCACUGAAUUCUUUUUAAAUUUGCAACUGUCAGGCCUUGCAUGAAUUGGUUUGCCUUUAAAGAAAAUUAUAUAAUGCACUACCAAAUUGGAUAUUUAUAGAUGAAAAGUUAGGUGUGCAAAAGGACUUGGUUCUAUACAAAUGUGCAGAAUUGUGGCAACAGCACUGUGGAGUUCAGAACACUAUACUUUGGAAGCUUCCUGGAACUCUCAAGUAAGUAUCUUGAACCAAACAAAUGCUUGAAAUUUUGCCAGCAGAGCAUAUAUUAAAUAUACAUGUACCUGAUGACAAAGAACCCUCCCUUUUCAGGGUUUCCCCCUAUGCUCUGGAGUUUUGGGGAUCUAUGUACAAAUAUCAGCAGGGGGUCAAGAUAGUAGUUCCUUUUCACAAAGCUUACCAAGGUGAGGUGAGGCAGGGAUCACUUAUUGUGAAACUACACAUACGCCAUACUGAGCAACUUGGGGGACCAGUCACUACUGUUAGAAUUUACAUAAAAGGUGUUCCAGUUCCACGACCAACAACUGUCACAUUAGUACUUAGAUACUUACACACACUCUGUAUUAGGGCUGUACUCACUGACGUCUGUCCAGAAAGUAUCCAGCCAUGUAAUAUGUAAAACAGACAUUUAUUGAAGAAGAUACAAUAAGCAUUGUACAUAGGACAAUAAUGCCUCAGUCCCCUUCAAAGUAGGCACCAGGGUACCUCACACAGUUCUCCCAGUGCCUCUUCCACUGUUUGAAUUGGAACAAAAUCCUUUGUUGAAAUCACCAUCAACUGCUUUGUCGUUUUUACAUGAAUCUCAUCGACUGUCUGAAAUCCCUUCCCUUUCAAAGGUGAUUUUGUUUUUGGGAAAUGCCAAAAGUCACAGGGCGCCAAAUCUUUCAACAGAUUCUCAACCAUCGUUGAAACGUUUGUGCCACACUUUUAUUUGCGCUGCACUCAUUGCACAUCCCCGAAAACCUUCUGAAUCAUUUGAAUAGUUUCCGGGGAGGAAUGUUCAAGCUUCGAGCAAUGACUGCAUCAAAUUUUGCAUUCUUUGCGCAGUCAUUUUAAAUGAGACAGCCACACAGUACAGAUGCUCAACGGCGUCCAGCACCCACAUUGACUAGUAUGCUGAAGUAGUCAUUGUUCACACAUGCACAAUGGCUGGUUGAUUUCCGGACAGAAAUCAUAAAUACAAUCUCUCUGGGGAAAAAAAAACCCUCACACAAUACAAUCUACAAAUAUACCAAUUUCUCUUCCUGCAGUGAAGAUUGACAGGAUAGAUUAUUAUAAAUAUGCAGAAUUUUUGUUUUCCUACACCACUACUGCUUGUAAUAUCCCUUUUGUAGUAAAUAAAAAUGGUCUGUUAGCUUUAGCCUUAACUUUGGCAAUUUUUUGUCCAAGAUGCAGAGAAUAUUUUUGAACACACAUAACACACAUAAUCAGAAUAACACCCCAAAUGUAUAAAAAACAUUUACCAAGGGAACACAUGAGGGUCAGUAUUGAAUGAUAGACCGAUAAUCAUAAGGCGACCAUCUUAGAGCGCACUGGCUCUGCAAGAAUAGAGUGACUGGCAGGAAGAAUAGAGUGACUACCAGUCACUCAUUGUAACGUGGUUAAGCCGAGCUGAACUGACAAAGAACACUUCCGAUCAGUCCCGCCGGGUACAGGAAACGCUGCGCUAGGCCACGCUACAAGAGAGAUAAAGAGGCACACCAGGGAGAGGACCACUGAGGUGAGAGACACACACACUAAAGGACAGGUAGGGAAGGUGAAUGUAAAGGAACACUAAUGGACAGGGAAGGUAGGGAAGAGGAACACUAAGGGACAGGGAAAGGAGAGGAGGGAAGGGAGAGGAACACUAAAUAUUCUUGAAAGGAAAAAAAAAAAAUCUGACUGGCAUGUAUAUUUAGUACAUUUACCACUUAAAAAAUAGAGAAAAAAGAUUUGCUAAAAAAAUAUUUUAACAUAAAAUUUGCUCAGUAAACAGUAAUUUGUGUAGAAAUUGUUUCUUUUUUAAAAACGGUAAGUGUACAGAAUAUUGGUAAGUUAUCUGUUCUAAAAAAAUAAAAAUAAACCAAUAUCGGUCGAUCUCUAGUCAGUAUGAGUAACGGAAAGUAGAACUUUGUACGGUCACUAAUACAAAGGGACUGACCAUGUGAAAUUUUGAAGUGGGCACAACAUUUUUGUUUUUACAAUGGUCUCAUAUUUGCUUAGUUUAAUAAAAUCCUCUUUCUUACAGGAUAUCAAGAACCCCCUGUGUACUCUGAAGACCACUGUAUGGGACCAUUUGAAUCACCCAGAUAGGAGUUUCACUUGGCUUGCGUUUUGUAUGACAAAACACACAAACUGUACAGAGACAAGUUUGUCCCAACUAUGCUGCAUGUGGCGGCUAUAAAGAUAGCCGUUUGAGCAUGUUACCAAAGGAGUAAUCAAAUCAAGGACAAUUAGAAUUAAUCAAUCCCACUGCUGCCAACUCCAAUAAUAUCACAAAGAGGGCAAAUGAAGAAGCCCCAUUUUUAUUAUGUAAACCUGGCCUUAUCCAAGUUUGUUAUUAAAUUAAGAACUGAAGCAGUACACUAUUUUCCCCAUGCGCACACACACACACACAAAAGAGCACACUGUUGUCUUUUCUCCGUUUACUGGUGGAAUUACAGUUUUCCUUGUACAAAAAAGCAAAAAACAAACCUAAAGAAUAAUUAAAAAAACAACCCAAAAAAAAAAACAACUGGGAAAAUGAGCUAGGUUUAAGAGAGCCGACAAACUGGAAAGGGGUAGGGUUGGGGAGAGGAAAAUAUAUAUUAAAAAUAAAGGAGAUGGGAAGAAUGUAAGGGAAACAAGAUGUUAAGAAAGAGAAAAAAAAAAAAAAAAGUGUCCUUGAUGCUGCUGUGUGGACAGUUUGUAAUGUAUAAAUUUCAAAAGGAUCGGUCUUGCUGUUCCCUCUCCCUCUGUCCUCCAACACAAUUGAAUGAUUGGUAUAUACUGGCUGAACAGCACCGGUAGUCGAAAGGUUGCAGGGCAAACUCUCUGGAUUAGGACGACUCUAGGAUUCCCUCAGUCCUCCAGCACUAUAGGCUCACUUGUACUGGCAGGAUGCGCUGCACUGAGGGUGGGAUGAUGAACGGGCCGUGGCGUUGGCAACGGUAUCUUAAACUUAAGGGGUUGAUUGGGACGCCGAGCAGCUCUACGCAUCUCCAUGUGUGACAAAGAUUUCCUUAAACAUCUGUGGACAUAGAACAAUAAAGUACUAAGAAAGUGA